AUGUCGCUCUCCAAGGAAUCACUGCCCUCGUGGGGUUAUGCCAUCGCAGGUGCUACUGGUGCUGUGCUCGCGAAUGCCGCUGUCUACCCAUUGGACAUCGUCAAGACCAAGCUCCAGGUCCAAGUCAAACGCCAGCCCACCGACGAGAAGACCGAACCCCUCCACCCCGAUGAAGAAAUCUACAGCUCGACGCUCGACGCAAUCACAAAGAUCGCCGCCAAAUCCGGCGUGAAGGGCCUCUACACGGGCAUGACCGGCGCGCUGCUCGGCGUCGCUUCAACAAACUUUGCAUACUUCUACUGGUACACGCUCGUCCGCACCUUCUACCUCAAGCGGAGCGGCACCGCACACCCGUCUACCGCGAUCGAGCUCUCGCUCGGCGCCGUCGCCGGCGCACUCGCACAGCUGUUCACCAUCCCCGUGGCCGUCAUCACCACCCGGCAGCAGACGCGGCCCUCCUCCGAGGAGCCGUUGGGACUCUUGGCGACUGGGCGGGAGGUCGUGGCGGAGGAUGGGAUGAGCGGGCUGUGGAGGGGACUCAAGGCGUCGUUGGUGCUCGUCGUCAACCCGGCAAUCACCUACGGGUGCUACCAGAGGCUCAAGGAGGUCAUGUUUAAGGGCCGGGACCGCUUGUCGCCCGGUGAGGCGUUCCUGCUCGGUGCGAUGAGUAAGUCGUUGGCGACGCUGGCGACACAGCCGUUGAUUGUUGCCAAGGUUGGGCUGCAGAGUAGGCCGCCGCCUGCUGCGAACAGGAAGCGCUUUAGAAGCUUUGGGGAGGUGAUGAAGUUUAUCAUUGAGAAGGAAGGGCCGAUGGGGCUGUUCAAGGGGAUUGGACCACAGUUGAUGAAGGGGUUGAUUGUGCAGGGUUUACUAAUGAUGACGAAGGAGAGGAUGGAACUGAUGUUCAUACUGCUCUUCAGGUGGAUCAAGAAGAUGCAUGCGGAGCGGCUUGCGAAGAACGCGGGCGCUUUAGUAGUUAGGGUGGGGAAGGUAUAG